AUGGGCAAGGGGCGCGGGGUACAGCGGCUGCGGCUGCGGCAAAGAGGACUCGGCGGCGGAUGCCCGCCGCUCUUCUGGCUCACCCUGAGAUUGAUCGAGAGUCCAGCCCGCUCCCACCCCCGCCAGCCCGCCCCGGCUCGGACACGUGGUGCCGCCACUGCCACUGCUGAGGCCGCCACCGUCACCCACCAUAGGCACCGCGGCUCCUCCAGAGCCACAGUUGCAGCUGCCGUCACCGCAGCCGCCUGGGGACCAGGACCCAGCAGCGCACGCCCAGGACAGCGUGCAGCCUCUUCCCCACCUUGGGAGGGAGCGCGGCGCUCCUCGGGAAAGCUGCUUCCAGGGUCUCUAUUCCUGUGUACUGAGAAUUAUUGCUUGGAAAACUUCUCCCUGGCAAGGUCAGUCCACCAUAUUCAGAAGCCAUCACAUGUGGAGAAAGAGAAGGAAGAAAAGACAGAGAAUAUUUUUACAUCCAGGAGUUGUGCAGCCACAUUAAAAGGCUGGGAUAAAUUGAAGAGGCAACAGGAGCCACUGAAGCUUCUUGAGCAUGUUGGAGGUCUUCUCACCAGAAACAGAGGAAGAUCUAAGAAAGGGCAGCUUUAAAGAGAGAAAAUAAGGCGUUCUAGUUUAGGUAUGUCUUGAUGACUAUGAGACAACCUGGUGGAGAUGGCCACAAGGCAGUUGAUGACGUGGGUCAAGAAAGGGAAAGACAAUCAUUUUAUUCCCAUAAGAUGACACCAUUAUUUCCAGAGGUAGGAAAUCCUUUCCAGUACUGCUGAUGAAACUGGAAAGGACUGGAGAAUACAAAUCACGUGAUAAAUAUUGGUGAAUCUGUCUUUGUAGUUUGUCAGCACAUACUUUCAGAGCUCUUGACUUGAAAGGUUACCAUAGAAAUUCUCUAGAAGAGAUGGGGCAUAGAUCAUAUCCACACCAUCCUUUUGGAGUGACGCCACCAGCUUGGAGAAGGGCUCAAGU